AUGGCGAACUUGUUAGAUAAUUUGGGAGCAGCUCGAUCCACAUACCAAACUGGGAACGCAAGAAGAGCCCGACUUCCGAAUCAUUUUGCUUAUAUGGCUGAACAUGGAAGAAAUUAUUGUGCACAAGGUAGAACUCACCUUUUAUGGGCCACCUAUGCAUAUGCAGCUGCCCUACAGUUUCUGAAGUCAAAUCACACUCACUUAAAUGAGUCAGAAAUUGGAUCAAAGUACAAUACCAAUCUUAUAGAUGAGGAAAUUAAAGAAUCUUGA